AUGCUUCCAUCAUCCCCAAAGACAUCAGGAACAACAGAGUUGGAUGAAUUUCGAGAACAAUGGAAACAAGAAGUCCAUGCACGAAACAUAAAGCAACCACCCGAUUCCCCUUUUACCACUCCACCCUCAUCACCUUUGUUGAAACCAACAACAGCAGCACCCAUUAUUCGAGGAGGUGAACAAUCGCAACAUCAUACACGUGUUCCUCGUUUAGGAUCAUCAUCAUCAUCAACUCAACCACCACAUGAGGAUACAUCCAACCCAGCCUCAUCAUCAUCAUCAUCCGCAUUAAAUGUGUACCUGAUGGCUAUUGAUAUGGAACGUCAAGGGGAACUAGGGCAGGCCCUUGUAUACUAUCGACGAGCAUUCAAAAUGGAUCCCGAGGUUGAUAAGCUUUACCAUCGACAAUGCUUACAAAACGAUACCUCUACUAAAAACAAUCAUGGUGCAUUGUCGUCAACAACGCUCCUCAAGUCGAAAGAACGAGAUCCGUUGGUAGUGGCUGCAACAGCUGAUAGCCCUAGUGAAGUUGCCUUUUUGCUUGGAAUGCAAAAUGACACGAGGUUGUAUGUGGCGAACCACCUUCACCAUGUGAUGGAUCCCUUGGAUGCAAUGGCUAUUCAAUUUUGUCAACAACAGGACAUGCCCUAUAUACCAGCGGUCGAUUACAAACCUGUUUCCAUUGCCAAGUUACCCGGUGAAGUCCUUGUGCAAGUCUUUAGUCAUGUGGUAUUGUAUGCAUCAUCUUCCAUUGCCAACUGUGCGGCAGUGUGCAAACGAUUCUUUGUGGCGACACGAUCACCCUCACUAUGGAGACAUGCGUGUGAACACGUGUUUAAAACACCAGGCAUGAGCAUGGCUCAAUCACGACGCGUACAAGCUGAAUACGUUGCAAGCUUGUAUCAAGGACAAUGGCUUCGAAUGUAUAUGGAUCGACCACGACUUCAUUAUGAUGGUGUGUAUAUUUCAGUGUGCCAAUACAUCCGCCCAGGUGAAUCGGAUACAGCAUGGACACGCCCUGUGCAUUUGGUGACCUAUUAUCGCUAUCUACGCUUCUUCCCUGAUGGUACCAUGAUCAAGUAUUUAUCCACGGAUGAACCAGCAGCCGUGGUCCGUUUGAUGAAGAAGGACUUUUCUCGACCCACGCAAGUGUUUCGUGGCAAGUUUCAAUUUCUCAACCAUCACACUGUGGAAAUCAACAUGAGAGACAAAGGUCGUCCACGCGAUCAUUUUUGCAUGACACUCGAUAUCAAGACGACUCGGCGUGGUCGACAUAAUAAGCUUGCAUGGAGUGAAUAUUGGAGUCGAAAGGAUGAUCGAGAUGAGAGCACCGUGUAUGAUUUAGCAUUGAUGCGUCCCUUCAUCUUUAGUGGAGUGCGUAGCUUUAGGGAUUAG